AUGGCUCUACAGGUUCCAACUGAUGCUCAACCAGAUCCAUCUGUCCUUGAGACAGCAGUUCUGCAGGAUCCAGAUGAUCCUCAGCCGGACCUAUCUGUCCUCAGGCCCAUGGCUCUGCAGAAUCCAGUUGUUCCUCUUCCAUUUGGUGAACUUUAUGAAUGGGGAAGGUUAAUUGGAAAAGGAGGCAAUGGCUCUGUGUAUGAGGGGAUCCGGAAAUCUGAUGGCCAGAAGGUCGCCAUCAAAUUUAUUCCAAAGAGGACAAGCGACAAUAAUAUAAAAAUUCUUGGAUGUUUUGAGCCAGUGUUUGAAGAAGUGGCUAUAAAUCUGGUGAUGAAACAGCCCCCGCUAAGUCCAUACAUAGUGUAUAUGUUGGAAUGGUUUGAAGAGGAAGAUGAUUACAUCCUCAUUCUGGAGUAUCCAUGUCCCUGCAAGAGUUUGCGCAGAUUCCUCAUUGACAAAAGGCCACGACUAAAUGAAUCACUGGCUCGUGGCUUGAUGAUCCAAGCGGUCCUCGGAGCAAAGCACUGUCUUGACCGGGAGGUCUUCCAUUGCAGCAUUAAAGAAGACAACAUGCUGGUCAAUACAUCAACGAUGGAACUCAAAUUAAUAGACUUUGGCGGCAGUUGCCUCGUCAAUCCUUCUGGCUUUGAAAAUGGACAUUUAGGGGGUUGCCACCCACCAGAGUACCCUAGUGAAUAUCACGCAGGACCAACAACAGUCUGGAGUCUGGGCGCUGUGCUUUACUCAAUGGUCACUGGAAAUAAGCCUUUUAAGACUGCAUUUGACAGAAUGAUAGCCAAUGUGACGAUCGACCACACAUUAUCCAGAGGUAACAGAACUGAUAACUACCAAUAA